ACUAUUUUGGUAUUUUCAUUUCGGUAAGACGUGAUUCUCGCCGCGCCAGUGGAGGCUAUUUUUAAAACCGCCGCGGCGCCUGCUACCAAGCCACACACUGUGCUAAACUAAGCAGAAAGAAUUCUGCAAGUGCGGCGGGUCCUGAAUAAGUACAAACCACCACCGAGCAACCCAACCUUUUGUGGGCUACGGGAAGACGAGAGGAGAAGCAAGACAGAAUGAGUGAAGAAACCUACCAGAUAGAGACGCGUCGCCGGUCGCGAUCGAAGACGCCGUUCCUCCGCUCGAGCUGCGAUCAUGAGAACUGUGAGCACGCCGGCGAGGAGGGCCAUGUGCACCACCACGUCAAGAAGAAGUCCUCGGCGGCGCCCAAUGUGCAAACGAUAGUGGAGGAGCAUUUCGUGGAGUCGAGCAGCACUAGGAAGAAUACUCGGAGCAAGGCCUUCGCCCAGUUAACCUCGGACUACUCGAGCGACGACAUGACACCGGAGGCCAAGCGCAAGCAGCAGACCUCGACCACCACCUCCACGGUCACGUCGAUCCUCACAAAGCGCUCGGGCGGCGCCACAUCUACGCCGCGAAACAGGAGCCAGCUGGAGACCACACAGAAUACGCUGAACUCCGCCCAGGAGAAGCUCAGCCAGUCUAACGGCAACAUUAGUUCCGGGAAUAUCAGCGACUACCUGGCCUACAUUGAGUACAGGGAUGCCGGCGAGUACUGGAACAAAACCCCCAAGACGGACUACACCUACUCCGAGCUGUCACCCCACCGCCGUCACCUGGCCCCAGGAAUUGUGGCCAUGCCCAACAUGUCCCGGCGCAGCCUGGGCAACCAUGAUGAACGGGUCAAUUACAUGGUCCAGCAGAACCCCGAACAGGAGGAGUUCAUCCGCCGUCGAUAUCAGGCAAAGUACACACAGCAGGCCAACUACGACUCCGCCGACGAACUUGACGCCACUUUCGGGCAGCAAAAGCAGAGUUGGUGGCUGAUCCGUCUCAUCCAGCUCGUCGUGAGCACCGUCACCACAGUGUGGACCCGUGUGACCAACAUCUCUGCCACAGAGACAAAUGCAUAUCACAACUAUUAUGCCCGGCGUCAGCAGAGCCAGCAGCUCGGAUUUUUCGGGAAGGUUGGACAAGCUGUGGCAGCCGGAUUCUCGAAUCUGCUGCGUUAUGUGUACCUUUUCAUUGGGUCUGUGCUGAGUCUGGACACAUGGCUGCUGCGGUCUUCGGACGCGGAGAACAAGUCAAAGAAGAGAUUCCUCAUAUUUCUACUGAUCCUGCUUCCCUUGCUGUUGUUGACCGGCUGGUCUCUGUUGCAGGAAAAUCAAAGGCAGGGCUUCGAGUCCCUAGUGUCGCUGCCUUUGACCCUUUUGGGCACUCUGCAGACACGUCUGCCCUCUGGAGCCACCUGGAGUGCUUGGCUAAAGGAGCGUCUUGCCGUAGAAGAACAUCAGCAGGUCGAGGCCGAAACCAUCAAGCUCAACAUGGCCAGCAUUGAGAAGGAUAUUCAGAAGGCUUUGACUGCGGAGGAAUAUGAAAACAUUUUGAACCAUGUCAAUAGCUAUGUCCAGCAGUUGGUGGAUCUGAAGGUGCAGCAGCAGCAAUCAGCAGAAAAAAAUCAGCAACUUUCACCGCAACAAGUUCAAAUCGUCGUUCAGCUAAUACAGGAAAACCUGCAGGAAUUUGCCCAGCAAUCGAAGCUCAGCGAACAGAAUCUGUCUGAUUUGGCCGGAAAACUGCGGCUAGAGCUGAUGCAGUCAGGAGUGUUGAAUGCUGGUGAGACCAAGCUAUCGUUAGACAAUCUGGAGGAGAUAACCAAAUUGAUAAAGGCCGAAGUUAGCCUGCACGAAUCUCACUACACGCUGCAGCUGGACAAAAUUGACAUUGAGGCGCUCCUGGAAAGAAUUUUGGGAUCUCCAGAACUAGCAGAUUUUGUAGAUGCUCGGAUUAAUCUUCGGGUGCAGCAGCUUGAGGCGAAGAAGAGCUCUGGUAUUCAUCCUGUCGAAAUACAGCUAGAGCAUCUGAACAAGGAGAUCGCCUUUAUAAAGCUGGCUCUGUCCGAAAAGCAAGCAGAAAACGCGGAUCUGCACCACUCUAUAAGCAAUUUAAAGCUUGGUCAGGAGGACCUAAUGGAGCGAAUACACCAACACGAACUGGCCCAGGAUCAGCGCUUUAGCGGGCUGCUGGCUGAAAUUGAAACUAAGUUGGCGUCUUUGAACGAUUCGCAGUUCGCUCUUCUCAAUAAGCAGGUCAAGCUCUCCUUGGUCGAGAUUCUGGGCUUCAAACAACAGUCUACCGCUGGCGGUGCCGCGAGCCAACUGGACGACAUCGAUCUACAGAACUGGGUGCGCAGCAUGUUCGUGGCCAAGGACUACCUAGAGCAGCAGCUGCUGGAGCUCAACAAGCGGACCAACAAUAACAUUCGCGACGAGAUCGAGCGAUCCAGCAUACUGCUGAUGAACGACAUCAGUCAGAGACUCAAGCAGGAAAUGCUGCUGGUGGUGGAGGCCAAGCACAACGAGAGCACCAAGGAGCUGAAGGGUCACAUACGCGAGGAAGAGGUGCGUCAGAUUGUCAAGACCGUUCUGGCCAUUUACGAUGCGGACAAGACGGGCCUGGUGGAUUUUGCCCUGGAGUCGGCCGGUGGACAGAUACUCUCCACUCGUUGUACGGAGAGUUACCAGACGAAGUCGGCUCAGAUAUCGGUUUUCGGCAUACCCCUUUGGUAUCCCACCAACACUCCUCGGGUGGCCAUUUCACCCAAUGUGCAGCCAGGCGAGUGCUGGGCCUUCCAGGGAUUCCCAGGCUUCCUAGUGCUAAAGCUUAAUUCACUGGUUUAUGUCACCGGAUUCACUCUGGAACACAUACCCAAAAGUCUUUCGCCCACGGGAAGAAUAGACUCGGCUCCUCGCAAUUUUACCGUUUGGGGAUUGGAACAGGAGAAAGACCAGGACCCCGUGCUGUUUGGCGAGUAUGAGUUCGAGGAUAAUGGCGCCUCGUUGCAGUACUUUGCCCUUCAGAAUCUGGACAUCAAACGGCCAUACGAGAUAGUCGAGCUACGCAUCGAAACCAACCACGGUCAGCCCACCUACACAUGUCUAUAUCGGUUUAGAGUCCAUGGAAAACCGCCAGCCUCAUAGAUCAGCCCUUAAACAAUCCCUCUCGUGUGACCUAAGCACUGUAAGGUGUACAUAAUGUCUGUGCCUUAAGAAGGAAACUCAACAAUAUGCAUAUUACUGCGAGAAGUAGAUCGAAUGAGCGCAGGCGAACUGUGUAAAAAGUAAGGCUAUACGUAGCAGUUAAGUGUUUGUACCAUAUCGUAGAAUUGAAGUGCUUGUAGUCACUUUAGGUUACCUUGUACAUAGUAUACUAAGGGCCUUGUGUCCACUGUCCACCUAAUGUCCUAUAUUAUUUAUUUCGAUAAAGUUUACCCUCGGAAAUCUUUCGUAGUUCCUUUAAGUCGCCUCUACUAACUACGCUAACUUUAUCGUGUUUGCCAUUUAAAAAAGCGUUUUGAACUAAAUAGUCAUAUAUAUAGUUUGUCUGAGCCGUAAGCUUGCUGCUAUAGUGUGUAAGUUAUUACCUAAGACCUUAUAAUAACAGGAUGUAUAAAGCCCAUGGCAUAUGUCUGUAUAUUGCCAUGUCAAAUGACGUUUUUCAUCUUCUUAUUAAUAGGUCUUUAUUACUAAGUUUAAAUGUUUAACCAACUGAAACGGAAUCAACCUGAACCAACUCUGAAACUAUGAAAUAAAACUGAAGAAACUCAUUGAAUUACUACAUUUUCGAAUCUAAUGAGACCAAAAAAUAUCUCAACCCGCUUUCAGACCAAUCCAAUCCAAGUUAUCUGUACUCGUGUACGUACAAUAUAUAUAUUUCUAAAAGUGAACCCAAAAAUAGUUGUUAAUUAAAACUGUACUUCUAUUGUUA